UAGGGAGCUAUUUAUUUUCAAAAUGAGACUGUCAACAAGCGAAGAAAUUCCGAGCACGACUGUGGUCGGCCGCACCGGUAGCCCUGGCGGUGGAGGUGCUGCAUCGGCCGCAGCAGUGGUCGGGACCGGAGCUUACGAUGUGACGAGAAUGAGGGAGGAGGAGUUUGAACGGCUCACUGUAUACAUAGUGCCCGACGUGCCGUGUGAGAGAGGGACACACAACAGAGCAGAGAAAACUUUACCCAGAAGCCUCGCACUAAGACCUUCCGUAGUGCUGUCGACACCUAACACACCGACCGAAGGAGUAUGGAGUACCGGCGUUAUUCCCCGUGGCACUCGCUUCGGCCCGUUCGAAGGCACCCGAACGCCAAACAAACCUAACGACAAAGUUUCCUGGCGAUACUAUUGGAGGGUACAGGAAACUGUCAGACAUCAUACUUAUGGAAAUAUUAAGAUAUUUAAGGAUAGUGAUUAUUAUUACCUGGAUGGAUCUGAUACGAGUGUUGCGAACUGGAUGCGUUACGUGGCCUCUGCCUACUCCCUCUCCGUGAUGAACCUCGUGGCUUGCCAGCAUCAAGAGCAUAUAUACUUCUACACGAUCAGAGAUAUUAUGCCAAAUGAAGAAUUAAUGGUUUGGUACUGCAAAGACUUUGCGACGAGGCUAGGAUAUGACAUCGAUCCCGAAAGAGCAACCUACUCCAUCUGCAAAGAAGAAACUAUCAAAAAAGCAUAUGGCAUACCCCCUGCCCCAGUUCAUCCCGAGAUUGCAUUUAACCACAUGAAGUACGUGCUCGGCUUAACGAACCCUAAAGAACUCCUAGAAGCUGAUAUUCCCACCCGAAGAAUAAAACGUGAAUCUAUUGAAAAGGCACACAUUGAAAAUUAUACACCACGUGAAGAUCCUCGAAUUACCAAUAAGAACGAAAGGACAAUUAUAAGAACCGAUGUAUCUAGUAAUAUUAUGCAUCACAAAUCAACAAAUGAUAUUCAAAUGGCCAGUGAACAUAGAACGAUAUCACCGAAUGGUCUCAUGCAGCCUCCAUCACCAGUUAAAAUGCACCACAGAGAUAAUCAGACUUUAAUAAUUCAUCAACACAAAGAGAGUACAUCGCAUUUAGUAAUACAUCAACUUGAUAAUCCCAGAUUACAUGCCAACAGGUCACCAGGACAAAACAUACAUAUGAGGGAUAUGCGAGGACCUUCCCCAAUGUUACAACAUCACCAGGACAAACUAGGAAGCAAGUCGCCGGGCCUAACGCACUGCAGCGCUCAACACUAUGAACAUCAACUAACACCCAAUGACGGAUCGGUAAGAUCAGAUGAAGGUUACCACAGUAAUGGAUAUCAUGACGAAUUUACACCACCAGAGGAUUCCAGCGAUUCAGACGUAGAUUCCAACUAUGUUCUUGAUUGCUCGAAUAAAACAAAUGAACCAAAAGAAACUGUCAUAGUGCAAAAAAUGGACCAAGAUAUGCACAGAAAUGAAUACAGAAAGGUUAAAAUAAAAAUGCCAAGGGCAUACCAAUACCAGCAUCACAAGGACAUGGACUGCGACAGUGAAAAAGAACUGAUAAUUGCCGAAGAUGUAGCUAACAUAUCACCACAGAACUUAUCUCCGCCCAGACGUGACCCGGCUACUUCCACUGUUAUAGUCUUGGAGUCAUCACAAAACACAGUUGUUCCUAUUAACAAGCCUUAUUAUGAAGAUGGUACAAUAUCUCCAACACCACAACCGGCAUUCAUGAGAUACUCUCCGCCUGACACAAGGAUAUUAGAAACCAUAUUAACUGGUAGUAGAAUCGACACAAAUAACAACGAUCCUAAUCGCCGUCAACCUAACGCGACGCCACCACCAUCGUCUCCUACUGAAAUGGCAUAUUCUUACAAAAAGAGUCAAAGGUACGGGAACGCUUGCAGUCCUGAUUCUAGUUCUAAUUUAACACCCUUGCCAUCACUACUGCCUUUACCACAACAACUACCGGCUCCCAACGCUACGUCAGUCUAUUCAUCGUCGCCGCCCCAUGCCAUCCCACAUACGACAGAAAUACGGGAAAUACGAGAAAUACGCGAGAUAAGAGAGACUAGAUAUGAGAGUCACUACCCAAAUUACUCAUACAAUUUAUACUCUCCACCAAACUCUACUAUUAUAACGCAACUUGGAUCACCACCUAGCACUUAUUCCCCAACCGUGUCUUCCACUCACCAGUACGAAAGGUCACAAAGCGCUCAAAGCAAUCACCACUAUCCCUCGUCGACCAGCGUUAUAACACUUAAAAACUGUUCACAAUUGAGUUUAAUACAAAACUCAAAUGUCAAUGGUCAACUGGUACCACAACACGGCAGCAUGAGUCCGGAUGGUACUUGCAGUCUCAUGGGCGCCCCAAUGAGUCCAAACUCUCAGUCCUCUCGCGGUUACAGAAGCCUGCCUUAUCCAUUAAAGAAGAAAGAUGGAAAAAUGCACUACGAAUGUAACGUUUGCUGUAAAACGUUCGGCCAACUCUCGAAUUUGAAAGUGCAUUUGCGGACACACUCCGGGGAACGGCCGUUCAAAUGCAACGUGUGCAAUAAGUCCUUCACGCAGCUUGCGCACUUACAGAAACAUCAUCUCGUUCACACCGGAGAAAAACCACACCAGUGUGAUAUCUGCAAGAAGAGGUUUUCAUCCACUUCAAAUUUGAAGACACAUUUAAGACUGCACUCAGGUCAAAAACCUUAUGCCUGUGAUCUGUGUAUGCAAAAGUUCACUCAAUUUGUCCAUCUGAAACUUCACAAGCGGCUGCAUACGAACGACAGACCAUACGUGUGCCAAGGGUGCGACAAAAAAUAUAUAAGCGCCUCUGGACUAAGAACACAUUGGAAAACCACAAGCUGUAAACCCAAUAAUAUCGAAGAAGUUUUAGCAAUCACCAACGCUGCGAACACUGAAUGCAUGGGUUCCAUCGACAAAGACUGCCACGAUAGAGAGGGGCACGAGGCGUACGAGGUGCAUUCUGCGUCGCAAGCGGGUCUCGCAGGAGUGGGCGGCGCUCGGCUGCUGGCCGGCGAGGGCGCGCUUGGUGGACACGCUCAUUCCACCACGCCACACCUCGCGCCGGGCCCACUGUCGCCGCCACACUCGCAGCACGCUCAGCACGCGCAACACGCGCAGCCCUACCGCAAGCUGCAUGGGCAGGCGCAGGAGCACGAGCCGGCAUCGCAGCACUACUCCUCGGCGGGUGAGACGCGUCCCAGCGUAAUAGAAUCGAGCCAGCCUCUCAUUAUUGAGUGCACCUGAGCGCAGCCGCGGCACUCUCGGACGUGAGAUUCCCCGCCGCAACAUGUGAUUCCAGUCUUGUGAUCAAACGAAAGUAUUUUUAUAUUGAAAGAGACAAUCGUGCGAGUGACACUUCGACUCGUCUCAUUCAGUGGCUAUGAGAUUAUGAUAUGAACUUUAAUUUGUACAUUUUUGUAAACUAUAGUUAUAAGUAGUCGUUACGUCAUUAAGUACUAAGUACUUACCUUAACUUCUUACUAAAUAAGUAUUUCCCUAGGCUUUGAAGUACUUAAGUUAGGUUUUCGCUGCCUUUACGUUAAUGCUCAAUUUUUAUGUCUUAGUAGAGUUCUAUUGUAUAUAAAAUUUAUUUCACGUCAACUUUAUUUAAUUUAAAUAUCUAUUGUGUACAUAUUAACCGACGUUUGCAUGUAAAUAUUUUUAUAUCUGCCCGUUGACUCGGAAAUAAUUUUGAUGAAUGUUAUUCUUAUUUAACUUUAUCUAUAAAUGAUUUGUUUGUUGAUGUUUUUGCCAUCUUCAAUAUUUUUAUCUCACCAAAGAAAGUGUUAACAACUCUCCAUUAUAUUUGGCGUUUUUUUUAUAUUUCAACGCCCGCGUUUUCGAAAAUAUUUUUAGGCUUAGAUGUUUUGGAAUCAACAAACAAACGAAACUACUCAAUCUCAAAUUAGCAUUAGGUGCCAAAAGCGCGUUUGUAUGUGUUAAUUUUUUUUAGGUUAUUUUAUGAGAAAUGAAUUCGUGUAGUAUUUUUAAAAUUAUCGUUCCUAUAUAAUGAUUGGAGAUGGAUAGUGGAGAGUGAGCGCGUGUAUGCUUCAAUUUAAUUCUAAUGUUAUUUAGAAUAGAAUGGACAAAUCGUGUACAUUAUCCCUACGCUAGAACAAAUGGUGCUUCACGUGGUAGAGUAGUGACGCGCGCCCUCGCGGCGGCUGAUUUGCUACACAAUCGUAAUGUUAAUACACCGACUUUACUAGUACUAUAUUAUAAACCAAGUCUCAAGUAAUUACGGUUCUCCUACUCGAAAAGGCUGAGAUAAAAUAUGUAAUGAAACGAUUGGCGAUUAUUAUUGUAGGCAUUAACUGCAUGGUGCAUAGGUCAGUUACGUGAUACAAACGAUGUUCGUAACCUGUGUACGAUGUAGAUACGAUAGCUUUUUCUAUAUUUCUAUUGUAUGAAUAAGAUUUUUACACGCAAUUACUUAUAAAUUUACUGUAUAUUUUAUACCUACUAUUUACCGACAGAGAUAACAAUUUUUGUAUUAAAUUGAAGCGCAAUGUUCUUAAAUCAUUUCAAUUAAUAUUAUGUAUGUGCAUGUAAAAUAUAUUGAAAAUAUAAUAAAUGUGCGCAGGUAAAGACCGUGUAUAAAUUAAGCACACAAUAAUUGUCUAAGCGUUGGCUUCUGACAGCAAAAUCUCUGUAUAUAACAUAUCGUUAUCCCUGUCAUUUACGACAAAGCAAAAGUUAUGUUUUAAAUGGAGAUUUUGGUCAUAGAAACCCACGGUAAGUGUACUUUGUCUAAGUAACAUUGACUUGGCUGUCAUUUUAAUUUUUUAACUAAAUGUUUAAUGAGAAUCUUUUGAGAAAAUUUAGAUUUAUAGUUUUCAAAUAGUUAACGUUGCUUAGUUUAUUAUUUUGAAAAGUUGCA